UUGUGGGUAGUAUCGUGUCAUUUCCUGAAUUAGUUGAGAAGUACAAUUGUAUGUCAAGUCGCAUGAGUCCGCAGCGCGUGUAUUUUUAAUCGACGCUUCCAUUUGGAAGAACUACAGGUUGACUGCUUGAAAAGUUAUUACCAGUAGCCAGCAAUGAGUUUGAACGAGCAUUCUUUGCAAGCUCUGUCUUGGAGAAAACUUUACUUGAGUCGAGCAAAGCUGAAGGCUACGAGCAGAACUUCAGCUCUCCUGUCGGGUUUCGCAAUGGUGGCUAUGGUGGAGGUGCAGCUGGAGCAAAAUCAUGUGUAUCCCCAGGGGCUGCUGAUAGCCUUCAGCGCCUGCACCACUGUCCUUGUGGCAGUGCACCUUUUCGCCCUGAUGAUCAGCACCUGCAUCCUGCCAAACCUGGAGGCCGUCAGCAACGUUCACAACUUGAACUCGAUCAACGAAUCGCCCCAUGAGCGCAUGCACUGCUACAUUGAGCUGGCCUGGGCCUUCUCCACUGUCAUCGGCACCCUUCUCUUCCUGGCCGAGGUGGUUCUGCUGUGCUGGGUCAAGUUCCUGCCCCUCAGUCCCCCAACUGUUAAAAAUAUCACCAACAAUUAUGGAAGGGAGGCAGCCAUUGUCUCCACCUCCAUUAUGGUGCCGUUUGGACUGGUUUUUAUUGUGUUCGCUGUGCACUUCUACCGCUCUCUGGUCAGUCACAAAACUGACCGUCAGUUUCAGGAGCUGGAGGCGCUGUCCAAUAUCACCCGGCUGCAGAACCAGCUGGACUACAGGGCGGAGACAACCAGUCUGCAGCCCUCCUCCGACUUCCCCUAACGGGAGCACACACAAGUAGGGAGUUGGAGCAGUACACAGCUGUAAGAAAUGUAUUAGUGACUUUUUUUUGUAUCUGUUUGUAUGAGCACCAUGAGAAAGGAUACUUUAUAUAGUAAUAUCAUAUUUCUUCAGAUGUUUUGUAUUGGGAUUUGGACUCUGCUCUAGGCCUUUUUCUACUUGUGUAAAUAGUUGGUGAGAGGUCAGAAGAAUUUGCUUUGUAUUGUUCACUAGUUUGGACUCAAGCCACUUUUUUUACUUUGCUGCAUGUCUAUUGUCUUCCUUAAGGCUUCAGAAACAGAUCUGAAUAGCUGAAUGUGAGUGAGCAUCUGUGAAAUUGGUUUUUAAAUAUUUUGUACAUCUUCAUUACAUAGAUAAUAUUUGUAGUUAUGUCACAAUACACAACUACACUAAGUUCUGUUUAUGGUGGCUGGGGCACACAAAGUGUGGGAUGAACAUACUGUAAGAUAACAAUUUGUAAAGCAGUUGGAUUUUAAUUUAACAAAAUGAUAACCGGCCAAUUUCCAUGAAAGGAAAACUGGUCAGAAGAGCAUAAUAUGUAAUAACUGCUGUUGUAGUGCUGGUGCAAGGGAAGAGCAGAAUUUAGAUUUUUAGUCAGUCAAAUAUAUACCUUACAUAUUUUAAAGUCAGUACAAUUGAUCAGAUUUGCUCUGUCAUUUGAUGAGCUAA